AUGGUCGCUACCGGGCAAAAGGCGAAUGCCCAGUCCCAGCCAAAAGUAAAAAACAUUAUUCUUGUACAUGGUGCAUUUGCCGAUGGCUCCGGCUGGGAAAGAGUAUAUAAUAUAUUAACCAGCAAAGGCUACAAUGUAAGCAUCGUACAAAAUCCCUGUUCAUCAUUACAACAAGAUGUGGCUGCCACCAACGCCGUGUUAGAAAGACAGGAUGGUCCUGCUAUACUAGUCGGGCAUUCGUGGGGCGGUACUGUAAUUACACAGGCGGGUAUGUCACCUAAAGUUGUACGCCUGGUUUACAUAAACGCAUUUGUACCGGAGGUAGGCGAAACAUCGGGCCAACUGGCAUCAUCUGAACCGCCGGCCAAGGAUGCCGCUGUCCUGGCACCAGACGCGGAAGGAUGGCUCUGGUAUCCAAAAGAUAAAUUUCACAUGGGCUUCGCAGGAGAUAUCAGCAGGGAAAAAGCUGAAUUUAUGUAUGCAUCCCAGGUUCCCAUCAUGGCUACAUGUUUUGCUACCCCGGUUACUGUGGCUGCAUGGAAAACAAAACCAAGCUAUGCUGUGAUCUCCACCGGCGACAAAGCCCUUAAUCCAAUAAUCGAACGAAAAAUGUACAAACGGGCGGGCUCUGUCAUUACCGAAAUUAACGCAAGCCACGUUGUUUAUGUUUCCCAGUCCCAAAAGAUAGCUGAUGCCCGUAAAGUACUGUCAGAUGCACAGGCUGCAGUAAAAGUUGACCUGUCGGGAAUUGAGGUUUCCGACAAAACAAUCACCAGCGAUGGCUAUAAAAUAAAACUUAAUAUAGUAAGACCGGCCGGUGAACAGGGCGUACUUCCCGUAUUCGUUUUUAUUCACGGUGGUGGUUGGGUGUUAGGAGACUUUCCUACGCAUCAGCGCAUGGUGAGAGAUUUGGUAGUGCUUUCCGGUGCAGUAGCAGUAUUUGUUAAUUAUACACCCACCCCUGAUGCAAUCUAUCCGCAGGCCGUCAAUGAAAUUUAUGCAGCAACUAAAUGGGUAGCUGAACAUGGUUCAGAAAUAAAUGUAGAUGGUAAACGGCUUGCUGUAGUCGGGAACAGUGUCGGUGGUAAUAUGACUGCAGUUACUACUUUACUGGCAAAGGCUAAAAAUGGACCGGAAAUAAAAUUGCAGAUGUAUGUGCUUGAAGGCGAACUCACCAUCUAUACAAAGGAGGGUUCGGUUGUUUUAGGCCCGGGAGAAACCUUUACGAUCCCAAAAGGAACUCAACAUGUGUUGGCCGCCUCCGGCAGUAAACCGACGAAAGCAUUAACAGUGACAUCUCCAAGCGGUUUUGCAAGACUCAUCCGUGAAAUUGGAGUAAGAAAACCACUGGAAAAUGCAAUGGAUCCAAAAACACUGGAGAAGUUCAUGCAAUUGUCUUCAGCGUUAGGAGAUGAAAUCCUGGGACCCCCUGGCUCAAGGCCGUAUUAUCUUAGCAUCUUCUACAGACCUCGCUACGCCGCAAACUUCAUAGCCAGCCUUCUUCAACAUGCGUUGCAGAGAAUCACCAUUUGGAGCAUAUUUGCCAAGAUAAUGAUAUGCACGGGCCACACUUAUUACAUCUCCGGUUUGCCCGCUCAGGGAAACCGCCAGGCCCUGAAUUAUCAGCGCUUCAUUGCUGGCAUCUGCCCAAUGCCAGCUGGCGUCAUCUACUGUCACAUGAAUAUGGCCAAUCCGGGUGGUGUAUACAUUCAUUUGAAUGCACAAACAAAUCAAACAACCAGUAUUUUUCGUAUUUAUGAAGACAAUGACUUCAUAAAUAUAAGAGGCAAAGGAACGGAUAAGGCAUACAGUGGCGGCACCCGGCUUGAUCUGUUUUAUGAGCAAAAAACAAAGCCUCAGCUAUUUCCCGGAAUGCUGCUAUCAAAAAAUGACAGCGCUGUAUUUACCGGGUCGUGGGGAAUAAUGCAAAUGGUUUUUACACCCAACAACAUUAAAGACCCUUAUUUUGAACCGGACGAUUAUUUCUAUUCCGGCGCAUUGUUCAUUAUUCAUUCCCUGACCUCCUAUAGUCCUGCACGGCGAUACAGUUUCCAGGCAGAACUGCAAUUGGGUGUACGGGGGCCAGCCGCGUUGGCAAAGCAAACUCAAACAUUCGUACACAGAAUCAUCCACUACACAAUUCCUAUGGGAUGGGACAACCAACUACAAAAUGCACCCAUAAUCAAUAUGAAUUUUGGACUCGAAAAACAGGUUACCAAAUCCAAUAAAUACUUCGAGCUGCUUGCUGGUGGUAAAAUGUCCCGGCAGGAUGCGAAAAUUAUUUUACUCGAUCUCAACAUGCCGGAUCUGAACAGCACGAUCCAAACUAUAAAGUUAUUACAGCGUGCCAAUCCGGAGGUAAAAGUACUGAUCCUGACAAUGUACAAUCAACCCGAGGUAAAAGACGAACUGAUGAAAUGCGGCAUAUUUGAUUUUAUUCAUAAGGGGGCGGAUAUCGAAGUGCUGAUCGCCCGCAUACACACUGCGCACAGUGAACUGACAAUGGGUGGUCAAUAUGCAGCCAUCGGUUUUGAAUCAUCUUCCAUGCGCCCCGGUACAAGGAAAGCAGCACAGAUAGGCCAGGGCACUGUUGUAACGCGCCUUUCUCCGGCCCCAAUCCACAAUGGGGAGAUUAAUGCCGACAGAGAGGGUCUGCUGACUGCGGGGAUCCCUCUCGUUGCCUAUUCCUCCUAUGAAGAGUACCGGCAGCAUGGCAAUACUCGUGGUCAGAGAUACCAUCAACAGCGGUUUAAGACAAAUGCUGCCCGCCUCGUGGAUCAUUGCCUUUAA